CUUGAUGAAGAUGGUUACCAGGUGUUUUAUGAAAUAAUUCAAAUUAGACAACCUAAUUACUUAACAAUAACGUUACAGCCGAACACGGGCGGGCUGCAAAAAAAGUAAUCACGUUACGGUCCGUUUCAUAGAAUAGAGCCUUGGCAAAGAAUGCUUUAUAUCCUACCUUUUUCAUAUAAAAGCCGGCUAACAAUAGCAGGGAAACAUUCAAAUCAUCAGUUUUGAAGAAACAACAACAAAAUGUUUGCUAAGAUCGCUGUGAUUGCCGCCUGCCUUUUCGGCUUUGCUCAUGCUGGAGCGCUGAGCUCCGGCCUUGGCUACGGCUUAGCUGUCGGCUAUGGCUCAAAUCUGGGCCAUGGCGGGUACGGUGACUACGGCGGUAACGACGCUGGACUGGGUUACGGAAGUUACGCCGGCCACGGUGGUUACGGAGGACUAGGAUAUGGUGGAUACGGCUUAGCGGGCCACGGUCUCGGUCACGCGACUUCUCACGUGUCUGUGGUUAAGGGUGUUACUCCUUCGUACGCAGGCCUAGGAUAUGCAGGUGUUGCGGGUUCAGCCUUAGGCUAUGCCCGCGCUCCCGUUGCGACUUCUUACGCUAACCAAUACAGUGUACAUGGCUCUCCCGCCCACGGCUACGGUGGUUACGGUGCGGGCUACGGAGCCGGUUACGGUGCUGUUGGUUAUGACGGUUACGGUCACGGUUCCUACGGACAUGGCGCCUAUGGUGGCUGGUAAAAAGUGAAUUUAUGAAGUAUUUAUUAU